CACACACUCAAACCACGAUUUCUGAGAAGAAAAAAAUUUGAAGGGGCUGAGGGACUGACUGAGGGAGAACGCUCCACCGUCGUCGCCGCCGUCGCUCUCUCUCUCCUCGCCACCGAUCGUGAAUCUCAACGCCAGCCACCACCAAUUCAAGCUCCGUUUCACAAUCUCAAUCUCCCCACCCCCCCCUGUUCCUUUUCCACCAGGUAAAUUCAAAAAACCACACAACUCUUUUUGCUCUCUUUCGUAAUUGCUACUACUUGAUGACCCUGCUUUCAUGGCCUCAAAACUCAUCCAAAUUGCUUCCUUUGAAGCUGAGAACCAAACGGAACUCUCUCUGAGGCAAGCCUUUGAGCUUUUGGAACCAAAACUUAGACCCCCAUUUGACUUAACAAUCCCAGACCAACAGCAAUAUGCUCAGCUCAACAGGGCCAUUCUUUAUGGUGUUUUAUGCGAACCCCAUUUCGCAAAAAUUCAUAUUAAGCACUUACAUGCUAUUGUCACUGAUGGGUAUGGCUUGUUUGUCCAUUUGCUUGUCAAGGUUGUUCAUGAAUUGUAUCCAAAACUCGUUGCCUCGGCAAGGCAACAGUUGGUUUGGGUUACUAAGGAGAUGGUUGAUGUUUUGGCAGUCGGGUUUGAUGGCUUGUUGGUGUGUCUAUUGAGGCAAAUUGUUGGUGGGGAUUUUAGUGAGGGGAAUUUGUGGUUGUGUUUUGAGUUGUUGAGUGUUUUUAUGGGCAAAUGGGAUUGCUUGUUAGAAGAGGAACCAUUGGUUUUGUCGAGUGCUUUGUACACGUACCUUCGGCUAUUGGCUGAUCAUUGUAGGUUAUCCAAUAAUGUGAGUUUAGAGGUAUUGAAGAGGUUGGAGAUUGAGUUUUGUGUUAAACUAAUGAGGGAGCAGUUUCAUUUGUGUUUGAGAAUUGGGAGGGAUUUUAUUAGAGUUUUGCAAGAUUUGGUUCAUGUUCCCGAGUUUAGAGCUAUAUGGAAAGAUUUAGUCUUGAACCCAAGUGUGUUUAACACUCCAGGAUUUUCUGAUAUUUCGAAGGUCUAUUGUACGAGGACUUCGAGCCGGUAUGCUUUACUUAGGAUUACUCCAGAAAUGGAGACCCAAUUGCGGUUUUUACUCACAUAUGUGAAGUUUGGGAGUCAGAGGCGCCACCAAGAAUGGUUUGCUAAGAAGUUUCUUUGUGGGAUGGAGAGAGAGUCCCUCAUUAGUGACAUUGUUCGGUUUAUAUGUUGUGCACACCACCCAACUAAUGAAAUUAUUCAGUCAGAUGUUAUUCCAAGAUGGGCUGUUAUAGGUUGGCUUUUGGCACUUUGUAGGAAGAACUAUGUUAGCGCCAAUGUGAAGUUGGCUCUAUUUUAUGAUUGGCUAUUCUUUGAUGAAAGAGUGGAUAAUAUUAUGAACAUUGAGCCUGCAAUGCUAUUGAUGGUAUACUCCAUUCCCAAAUACAUAGAUAUGAUUCGCACCCUUCUCGAGUUUUUGUUCCUUCUUGUGGACAACUAUGAUUUACAACAUAUUGAUAUCAUAGUUAAGGGUGUCUCGUCAGCUUUCAAUGUACUUCUCAGGAAAGGAGUGAUUCAAUCAAUGGAUGUUUUGACUUCUUGUGAUGCACUUUCACCUGCUCUAAGGGAGAGACUUGGAAGGUUUUUGUCAGGUAUGAAAAUGGCCAUUUCUAAAGAACUGCAGCCAGUCAAUGUUUCUGGUCGCCUUUUGACACCUUUGAGCUUGUCAAAUUCAUCUGGUAUGGAAACUCCAACACCAUCAUUGAAAGGGCAACUCACAUGCACCCAAGAAGAUAGAUCUGCCAUGGAACCUUUUGAUUCUUCUGUUCCAUCAGUUGUGACUAGUGAAUGUCAAGUUGUUGCUGUGGAGAAUUUACUUAGAAAAUGUGGAGAGACAAUUAAGAAAUCAUAUGCAAUGGGCCUUCAGACUUUGGAGGAAUUAUUAUAUUCAUUUGUGAAUCUAAAUAAUUACAAAACAGUGGGUGGCACAAUAUGUCCUGAAGUUUUAUCUUCUAGAAUAGCAAAAGAAUUUGAGUUGAAUGGACAUAAACUGUUUAGUUCUCUUCAAUUUCUUUCCGAUAAGCCUGACUGUGAUGAUGAAAUCGGGUCUGCCACAUCCUUAAUUAUUCGUACAUUUAUCUUUUCUCAGCCUAAGAUGCAGGACAUGCUUCUAUCCUGGUCAAGGAUGGGUUUUUCUGUGGGAUCAUGGUUACUAUCUUACGCAUCAAGACUUGCUUAUGAGGCAUACAUGGUGGAUUGUACUAGAGAUACAUUGCUUGACAAAGAUUCUGCCAAGAAAAUUGAUCAGCCUCUGCUGAUGUUUCAUUUUAAUGGGUAUCAUUCUUUUUUAAAUGGAAAAAAAGAGAAUUCCCUUGCUUCUACUCCUAAGAUAGACGAUAAGUUUGUCUCAGAGUUGGUAGAUAGUGCCUUUUCUGCUUACAGAUGUUUCCUUAUGUAUUCACAAAGUAUCUUACAUAAAGAUAAAGAUAUGUCUCUGACGAAGCUCCUCGUUUCUGACUUAAUAUCUUGUAAUUUAAGGGGGACAAAAAUAUUGAAAUUUUUAUUCUGCAGUGUCUUUUGUCAUUUUCCUGAUUUAUCCAUAGGUGAGGAAGACAUCAUCAGGUUACUUGUCGGUCAGUUGGGUCACACCGAUCUAGUUGAUAUACAGUUUGAAAUUGGCUUGAAGAAAUACUCUAUAUUUGGUGAGAACACUGAAAGCAUUUUCCACUUAAUUGAAAGCUCACUGAGUUGGGGCUGUCUGGAACAGUAUAAGUUCUGGGGCUUGAUUAGAUCAGAGCUUGCAGUUUCCACAGUUCAACUGGAGAAAGUGAUUUUGGGAUUUUUCUGCUCUGGUGAACUACAUGAAAAAAGAAAUUCCAUUGCAGUUGAAGGUCUUCUGACACUCUGUAGUUGUCGUGCACCCACACCUGAGCUUGUUGGGGCAAUCAUGUUAUUACCUAAUAAUGUGUUCCCUGACUUCGCUGCUGCUGCUCUGGCGACAUGGGUUGUGUCUAAUGCCUCAACUUUAUUUGAUAGCUUAGCUGAGUUUUCUGGGAAACUUGAUAAGAAAACUGUGGAUUCUGACUUUCCUAAUUCGGCUGAGAUUAUGAUAAACCAUUCUGCAAUUUUGUGGUUAUUCAAUUACUAUAAUGCUCAGGGGAUGAAUGGCUCAGAUAUUUUGAGAAACUUAUCCCAAGAUAUUUGCGUCAAAAAGUAAUGCAGUGUUUCUGAUAAAUAUUGGAGAAUGAAUUUUAUAUUGAAAGGAUGGCAUAUGGUUGGACAAGAGCCUUAGUGCUGCUUCAGAUGCUUUUGAUAACCUUUUUUGUCAUUGCUGUAUGGGGGACUGAAGUUAUGGGAAGGUUUACUGGAUCUUGUUAAAGCACUUCAAUGGAUCUUCAGUCAGAUGCACUGUUUCUGCUUCAUCUGACCGGUAAUGUUUUCAAGAUUGUCCAGGACUUGAAUAGGAUUUAUAAAGCCACAAGGGUAACAGCAGCUCAUUAUGGUGUCCAAAUCAGCCCAUAUUUUCCUGUGCCAUCCAAUUGCAUAGGUUGCUUAGGAGUCAUGAAUAACUAUGAAUCUCUGCUUCCAAACAAGAAAGCUCUUUUUGAUAUCCCCGUGGCACCUACAGCUAGUGCAUAUUUGACAUCUCUUGUACUUGCAGUUGCUGCAUUUGUAGCUGAUGGCAGCUUUAAUGGAGGGGACAAUGCUUUUUUGGAAGUUUAGAGGAGUUCCAGGAAGAGUUUAAGGAUAUCAAUCAAGAGGAGCAGAUUUCAAAGCUGCAUAAAAUGUUGGCCCCCCAUCUUCUUAGAAGGGUAUAUCUUUGGCUGCAGAUAACUGACAAAAUGAAAGCACGUGCAUCCUUAGAAGUAAUUGGCAACAAUGACAGAAUACUGGACUGUGGGACUCAUCAGACGAAUGGGAACUUGUGAUUGAAGCAUCUUCUAAUCGCUUGGAAUGACCUUGAGAAAUCAUAUCUUUACCCAACACUCUCAGCAUGCUAUUAAAGAUGGGGUCGCCAAUCCUCCAUAAAGAUAAAGCAUUUGUUUCAAGGGUCAUGUAGGCCAUCGAAAUUUCUAUUUCAAGGGUCACAGACAGUUCAUUGAGGGAAGGCAUGAUCGUGUUGCAGUGGCUGCUGUCCACCGGUUGAGUUUUUUGUACUGGUUCAACUAAUGAAGGGCAGCAAGCCAAGCGAACAGGCUAGAAGGCCAUCAGCAACCAUGCAUGAGUUUAUAGUGUCACAAAAUAGUUAUUUUUUUAGGACAGUUCCUUUUUAUGAGAUACUGUACUGGUUCAACUAAGUUAUAUAAUGACUUGGUGGGAAAUAAAAUGAUAUGCACAAGCUUGGCCACUCA